AGCUGAUACUAGUAAUUAAUUUAUUAAACAUGGUAGUAAAUCUAAGAAGCAGGUUGCAUGCACAAACACCCUCCCAUAUAAUACGGCAUCAUUACCCACUUAUAAAACAGAAAAAAUUAGAAUGCUUUGGGAUUGAUGACCAAUUUCUUCGCCUGCUCUCUUUCUCUCUCUUCUGCCGUCCCCUUUAAAUUAAACCUCAACCUAAAAAAAAAAAACUUUUUAAUCAAAAUUAAUAAAAAUUCUUUCUGGGUAUUUUUAUUCAACACAAUACCACUAAUUUUUAUUUCAUUUUGUAUAAAAAAAAAAUGUCAAACUUUGGAAAGAAGUAAGUACAGGACAAAAAGAGAGUACUAGAAAUUUAAUUAAAUUAAAGGGUGAAGCUGGUGAGAGAGAGAAGAGGAGAGAAAAAAUUCUAGAGAGAGAAAGCUGCUAGAGAGAAGAAACAGUUGACCUAGUUUCAGGGAUUUAGGGGAUUUUGAUGAUGAAUUUUUAAUUUGUUACUGAUCAACAACACUUCUAUAAGAGCCCACAUAGAAGCAGGAACAUCAGCAACAACACCAACAACAAAAAACACAAAGAGUUCUGUUUUUUUGUUGUGUGUUUCUUGUCAGGUUGCUGAGGAAUGUUUUAAUUUGUAUUUGUUGGAGUUGAUUGUACUAUCAAGAGGAUCUAAUUCUUCACGAUUCUAAGUCUUGUUGAAGAUCCAGACUUAUGUCAGAAUGAAGCUUGGUUGCUGAGGAAUGUUUUAAUUUGUAUUUGUUGGAGUUGAUUGUACUAUCAAGAGGAUCUAAUUCUUCACGAUUCUAAGUCUUGUUGAAGAUCCAGACUUAUGUCAGAAUGAAGCUUGGUUGCUGAGGAAUGUUUUAAUUUGUAUUUGUUGGAGUUGAUUGUACUAUCAAGAGGAUCUAAUUCUUCACGAUUCUAAGUCUUGUUGAAGAUCCAGACUUAUGUCAGAAUGAAGCUUGAAAACGACCUUGUUAUUGGUGUUCAAACUUCCCCGAGGAAGUCAUAUAACCCUUUCGAUUCAGAUGAUGAAGACACCAAUGUUAAAGAUAACAUUAAUGGGUAUGAUAUAAAAAGCUUUGAGUCAACUCCAGACUCGUUAACAUUUCACUUGGACAGUAGUGAUCUAUCAUGGGAAGAAGCUAUAAUUGGGCAUUCUCGGCUUUUAAGUAAUCCAAAUUCUGCUGAUGCAAGCAAUGAGGAAGUUCUUUAUAGGAAGGAUUCUGAAUUAUUUACUGAUAAAACAGUUACUGAAUGUGAGCUACCAGAGUUGUUUUCAUACAAAGAUAAUGGUUUUCAUCCGGUCAAAGACAUUGGAAUAGAUGAGGGAGUGCCUACACAUGACAAGGUUUGGGUUAAAAGCCUAGAUGAUCAUAACAGUAAAAACAUGUCUACUGUCCUAGCUUCUAAUGACAAUGUUGAUGGUGAUGUGCUGUUUACUAAUGAUGUCGAAAAGCGCCCUUUUGCUCAGGACAUGACUGAAGAGUUAGUGAAGGAGAGUGGAGUUGUUCAUGAAGCCUUAGAGAAGCCAUACCCUGCUGAUAAGUGUGGGAGUGAUGAUAUGCUAAUGGCAGACGAGUUUGAACAUAACUCUAGCAAGAAACAGGACGCGUCUAAAAUUAUUUUGCACACAGAAGAACUGGUUCAGAGUGAUGAUGUAGUUAAUGGUAAAAAAGACCCUCAAGUAGGUGAGAAAGAUAAAGUAGAUUGUCAAAAGGUGAUGACAGAUAAUGAAGUCCCUGAGGAGGAGCAUUGCAAAGACAGUGUACCUCUAGAGCAUGUAGUAACUUCAGUCAUGAAUGAAGUAGAAGCCACUAUGGAGUCCAAUGAGGCACAGCAUUCAGAAAAAUCUUCCGCACAGCCUGCAAUCGUGCAUGAAGCAGAAGCCACUACAGAGUCCAAUAAGGCACAACAUGCAGAAAUAUCUCCUGCACAGCCUUCAAUCAUGCAUGAAGUAGAAUCUACUAUGGAGUCCAAUGAGAGUCAAAGUGAAGAAGCAUCUUCAAUUCAACCAGCUGACAAAGUUAACAACAAUGCUUUAUCUUACGACAGCAAGGUGGAGUCUGGAAGUAUUAUCUUGGAUUUUAAUGCUGCUGCUACUUCAUCAGAGACGGCAGAGAAAGAGAUUUCACAGAAAAACGAGGCAGUUGAAAAACCUCCUGCGGCUCAAAGUAUGUCUAGGGAUGAUGUUGGAUCUCUUCCUGGUACUAUCCUAGAUUGUGGGACAGAUAGGAGGGUUCAUGGGGAGACAAGCUUUUCGGCUGCAAUGCCACCCCCAUCAUCUAUAACUUACAUGGGGCCUGUUGCACACUCUGGCAACAUUUCUCUCCGAUCUGAAAGUAGUGCUGGCAGCACUCGUUCCUUUGCCUUUCCUGUGUUGCAAGCAGAAUGGAAUACUAGUCCAGUAAGGAUGGCGAAGGCAGAUCAGAGAAACUUGCGUAAGCAAAAAGGAUGGGCUCAUUCGUUCAUGUGUUGUAAAUUCUGAGUCGUAUUUGUUCUUCUUAGUUUAUAGAGUAUACACAUAGGUAUUUCAACCGAAAAAAUGAAAAACGUUACCAGUUAAUCAGUAUAGGUGAUACAUUUUGGGUUUGGCUUCUUAUUAUCUUUAGUGUAUGGUGGGUCUUGUGCAGUAGUUUUGAUGAUGGUAGUUACCUUUUUAAGUUUUAGCCUUUGUUAUCAAAGGUUUGCAGAGUUAAGUGUAAAAAAAAAAAAGAGAUAUCUUAACAUAUUUUGAUGUUAAGAUUUCAUCCUUUGAUGCUUCAUUUCUGCACAUUGAUUUUAUUCAUAGGAUACAUGAGCAGGUAUAUUACUGGCUUAU